UUUAUGAUAGACUAUAAAAUAAAGAACCUGGAGGAGAGGAUUUAGAUCCAAGAAUAAAAUGUGGAACGCAAGAUCUUCAAAUUGGAGGAGAGAUUAAAGUAAAUCAACCAGAAGUUUGACAGAAUAGAAUCAUUGGGUGAUAGGUUGGAAUCUCUUAACAAUCUAUUUGAUUAGUUAAAGUCUAAUUUCGACGCUAAGUUACAAGUAUUUGAUGACAAGAUCUCUCAUUUGGCAGGAAAGAUUGGCAAACUUAAAAUUGAUAAUACUUAACAACUUUAUCAAAUAAUUAAAAAGUCAUUCGAAGAAGCCAACUAGGAUCUUUCAAAGAUCAAGGCCCAAGGAUAUAAAAAAUCAGAGGCAUAAUUGAGACAAUCCAACAUCAUGGAUUUAUAAAAGAAUGACAGAUUGCGUUCAAUAACUUAAGAAAAGAAUCAGAAUGAGGAAGACCUUUAAAAGAAACUCAAAUCAUAAAUGAUGGACAAAUUCCAAUUCACUCUAUAGACCAAACAAUCAGAUGAUACAUAAAUCCUGACUGAAUCAAACAAAAUAUCCAAUAAGAAACUAGAAACAUUGACAUUAGAGAACAGUAGUAUACUUGAUUAAACCCAGUCUCACGAUCCCAUCAACUCUAAGCUUAAGCAUACAAAUAGUACAAUUUACAUAAGAGAAUAAUUAAAAAACCUUAGGAAAUGA